AUGCCAUCUUCGAGAUCUGAACAUUUGUCGCUAGGAUACUUGCCUCAACCAAGCGCAAGUCUUCCACGCUCCGGCUCAUCAACAGCCAAUACCUCUCCUACAGAACCCUCCAACGGGAGUGCAGUAAGAUCACCCUUUGGAUUAGCAUCCGCAGGCAAGAUGGCAGGAAACACGCGAUCGGGGGCUGGUUCUCCAUCGCACGAACUCGGUAGUGGCACUGGCAACAGAUUCCUGUCCAAAAGCAGAGCAAGAGAAAUUCAAGCCCAGGAAGGCCUUCCAGUCAAUGUCUGGGGACCUCCAACCAGCGGCAACUCAACCCCCCUUCGCGAAAACAUACCUGAGUCUCCCACUGAUGGCUUUCCCGAUUUCACACACCCCCCAACCUCAGAAAGCAGUCCGCAAUCCACAAGACGUGCACGAGCAGGCACAGUCCCAUCACGUUUCUCUCCUGGCGGAGGCGCCAAUGGCCUGGGUCCUAUCCCAACCAUCGUAGCGAAUAAAACCUCUCGUCCCACCCCCUCUCCGAGCCCAUUCAAGUCGCCAUCUCCAAAUCUAGUGGGAGAACCGGAACAUGCCAACUCUCACAAUGCGGCUCUCCUAUCUCGCUUACGGGCCGGUUCGAUGCCACAACGAAGCCAAUACGGCAAUGGCACUUCACCCUUUGGCAUGUCAGUCUUUUCUUCAAAUUGGGCCCCUGGCAGCCGUGAGCGAACUUCUACACUCGCCAGCAUUGCUAGUCAGUCAUCAAAUGGGCAAGGCUCCCCAGCCCAAUCAUCAUUCUCCCGAGAAGCAGCUGGUGACAAUGAGAUGAGAACUUUGGAUUACCUUGGUCUAGCAGACACUCCUCAGCCCCCGAGAGCUCAACUAGCAAACCCAUUUUUAGCAAACCUACAGAUGGCAGACAUCAACAAGGCAAAUCGAUUUCGAUCAUACUCUGUGAAUGCGAAGGAGAAAUACGAGGAGGAAGAGGACGAGGAUUAUGGCACUGAGGGAAUGACUCCAUAUCAAUCGCAGCAACACGCGCUCCAUAUUCAGCUUGCUGCCACGACUGCUGCAAUCGCACAGCACAACCUUGCAGUUCAAGCUUUCGCCAACCAGGCUUCAUCAAACAGACCAAGAGCUAGGACUGCGGGCGUCUUGGAGUCCCCAACUACUAGAUUACUUCGAAACUACUACCCUUCGAGUUCUCGACUAGACAACAGCAUCAAUGCAUCUGACCUUGGUCUAUCAGAAUCACACGAGUACGAUGGACUUUCAGAGUCCGUGGCCUCCAUGACCCUGGGUCGUUCAAACAGCCGUAGUGACGCUCAUCUGAACCCAGACGAUAAUCUCGAAGGUCCAACCAGAGCUCUGUGGCUUGGAAGUAUCCCGUCUUCCACGACUGUCUCGACUCUCAUGGAGAUGUUUAAGUCGCACGGUCCCAUCAUUUCUGCUCGCGUCUUGACACACAAAAACUGCGGAUUCGUCAACUUUGAGCGCCUGGAAAGCGCCAUUUCUGCUAAGACUAUGAUGAAUGGCAAGGAGAUAUUUCCCGGAGCUGGACCAGUCAAAAUCAACUUUGCCAAACCACCCUCCCCAUCUGGCACGCCAGGUCACGAUGGAGCCUUCCCUUCGCCAAGUCCGGAUCCAUUCAUGAAAGGAGACAACGGAGCUAAUGGUGCGGAUGCUAGUCUUACUCCAGGUCUUAUUUCACGACCAGGGACUGCACCUUUAGCCAUGCUAGCUCUUCGAGACAUGAAAUCCGAUAUUCUUAAUAUUGUUGGGGAAUUUGGUGCCACUCCGGAUGACAAGGCCAAGAUUACCAAGAGUCUUGAUUCGGCCAUCAAGUACGACAACUUCGAGUCCGAAAUUCCACCCAUCCCAGAUCCGUCUCCUAACCGAGUCCACGAUGCGCCCAAGCUUCGGGACAUUCGAAAGCGUAUUGACAAUCAAAGCUGGUCCACUGCUGAAAUUGAAGGCAUCGCUGCUGACAUGCUUCCUGAAAUUGCUGAGCUUUCACCGGACUACCUUGGAAACACUGUAGUACAGAAGCUCUUUGAACACUGCAAUGAUGAAAUGCGGGAUGCCAUGUUGGAGGAGAUUUCCCCACAUAUGGCCGAGAUUGGUAUUCACAAGAACGGUACAUGGGCUGCACAGAAGGUCAUCGAUGUCUGCAAGACCCCAAAGCAGAUGAAUAUGAUCUGCGCAAACCUCCAGCCAUACACUGUUCCCUUGUUCCUCGAUCAGUAUGGAAAUUACGUUCUCCAGUGCUGCUUGAAGUUUGGAUCCCCAUACAACGACUUCAUUUUCGAGGCAAUGCUUAGUCAGAUGUGGAAGAUUGCAGAGGGCCGGUAUGGCGCCAGAGCUAUGAGAGCUUGUCUUGAAAGCCACCAUUCCACCAAAGACCAGCAACGCAUGCUUGCUGCUGCUAUUGCACUCCACAGUGUUCAGCUGGCUACCAACGCAAACGGGGCUCUCCUUUUGACUUGGUUCCUCGACACCUGCACAUUCCCACAACGACGAACUGUUCUUGCACCCCAGCUGGUGCCACAUCUUGUCCAUCUCUGCACUCACAAGGUUGCCUAUCUCACUGUUCUCAAGGUUAUCAACCAAAAGGCUGAGCCGAAUGCACGCGAUGCUAUCUACCAAGCUUUGUUCUUCUCUCAUGAUCAGGAGACCCUCGAGGCCAUUCUUUCUGAUCAUGCCUGUGGUGCUACUCUUAUCUUCAAGGUUUUAACAACUCCUUUCUUCGAUGAGGCCAUCAGACCCCAAGUUGUGGACAGCGUUAGAACCGUCCUGUUGAAGAUCAAGGCUCAACCAGCCCAAGGAUAUAAGCGACUGAUGGAUGAAGUUGGACUCUCAACCCGGAAUGGUAGUGUUGGGCCGAGCCGUGACCACGCUACGAAUAGUCAUUCAGUUGAAAGGCAAAGACCAGGUUCCCAACACAGUCAAGUGAAUGGCCACAUGGCGCCCCCGCAAUUCAACGGUCAAUUUUAUCCAAUACAGCAACAGCAAUUCGAUCCUAACAUGGGCAUGCAACGGACUGACAGCAUGGACUCGAACCUUGCAUACCCAGCAUAUGGUACACCCAUGUUGAACGCAUCAAACGUGUUCACUCCAGCCACCCUUCAGCAGUACCAGCAAAACUACCUCUCUCGGGCUGCUCCUCCGAUGAAUAACUUCUAUCCAAACAUGCAAUCUGGAUUUGGAUACAAUAAUGCCAGUCCUACCCCAGAGCAUUAUCGCAAUCAGGGACUUCAGAACGCAAGCCCUAUUCAGCAACCAAGCCCGGGUCCGAUGUUGAAUCAAAGUCCAUUCGCGCCUCCGGGAUUCGCGAAUAUGGGAAUGGGCAUCGGUGCGUAUGGAUACGCCGGCAUGGGCAUGCAGGGGAUGGGAUAUGGCGUGCAGCAAGAGCAGCAAGUCAAUGGGCGACGUGGACGGGUACGUUAA